AUGAGUCAGUACAACAACGACACGAAAUUCGCUUCUCAGGCGAGAACGAUCGCAUCAUUAGCGAUCGUACCGAUCGAUAAAAUCGAAGGAGCAUUCGACGAAUUGUCGGACUACUUGCCCGAAUGUCUCCAGCCCACGCUAGAAUGGUUCGAAGAUGAUUAUUUAGGACGUCGAGACCGCAGAGGACACCUGGGCAAAGACCAAGUGGGCGAAUCGACCAAGUGGGCAACCCGACCAUCUGGGCAAACAUCAACUGGGCAAAAACCAAAUGGGCAAAUCGACCAUCUGGGCGAACGCCCACUGUGCAAAAACCAUCUGGGCGAGAACAUCGACCGGAGAUUGAGGAGACGGAGGAUAGUCCUGAAGCUUCUAGGUGCCAUCUGGGCGAAGAGCUCUAUCAUUAGCUUGCUGUCUGGAAAUACGAGGCACAUCCCAUCACACGGAUCGUGUGGUCCGAUAUCUAUCGAGGUUAAAGCUCCGGCAGAUGCACAGCAGAUCGAGCUCCUCAACCAGAUCGACGAUGACGACCCGUCGGAGUCUAUGAGCAGCUCUCAAUCUACCGACAGAACGAGUAGCUCCGGGGAAGAAUUCCUCGCUGACGAUGAAGACGACGAGCUUCUCAGCGACACCUCUGAGGACAACGAUGAAGAAGUGUUGUUUCGGCUGCCUUCACAUGCAAGGUGUGCGGCGCAUACUCUGGCGCUGUGCGCGACAAGCGAUAUUCUCAAGCUUCUGAAACGGUCAGAACAUUCGGAGCUCCGGGAGUUCCAUCAGUCGGUCAUUUCGAAAUGCAACGUGUUGUGGAGAGCUAGCAGGAGAGGAAAGUCGGCAGAAAUCGUCUCCCACGUAACGGGAAGAUGCCUGCCCCGCCCAGUUGAGACCAGAUGGAACAGCUUGUAUGAUUCGCUAAAGGCCGUUCUCGACAUCAAAGCUAAACUCCCGGCGCUCGCGAUUGCGCUCAAUAUUCACCCGAGCCUGACGCAUGAGGAUUUCACAUAUAUCGAGGAGUACCUUAGGUGUUCGGGACCUAUUUCGGUGGCUCUCGACAUAUUGCAAGGCGAGAAAAAGGCUCACUACGGUAUUCUACUGCCAACGAUUCAUGUCGUGAAGAUACAGCUUACGGUCUUGCUAUCCAAUACAACGUUUCGCUUCUGCGGACCCGUAGCCGAGCAGCUCAUCCAGAGUGUCGAGCAGCGUUUCAAGGACGUCUUCGAUUGUACAACGAUUCAGGGGGAACGGAGCGCCAUAGCGGCAAUCUCAACGCCCAAAUUCAAAUCGACUUGGUGCAAAAGGAUCUCGGCUUACGAUAAGGAUUACAUCCUAAGACGCUUCGAAGA